AUGACGCGCGCCCUGUUCCAAGUGCUCACGGCUCUGCUGGCGUGCGCGCUGGAAAUGCAUCAGCUCAGUUACUGCUCCAGGGUAAUCGCAGCAAAGGAGAACGACAGGCGUGGAUCUUCGCUGACUAUGUCGCCAUCCGAUUUCCUGGACAAACUGAUGGGGAAGACGUCAGGCUACGACGCAAGGAUAAGACCGAACUUCAAAGGUCCUCCUGUAAAUGUCACUUGCAACAUUUUCAUCAACAGCUUUGGCUCCAUCACCGAGACCACCAUGGACUACAGAGUGAACAUCUUCCUGCGUCAGAAGUGGAACGACCCGCGCCUUGCCUACAGCGAGUAUCCAGACUCCUCGUUGGAUUUGGACCCGUCCAUGUUGGACUCGAUUUGGAAACCCGACUUGUUCUUCGCCAACGAGAAAGGCGCCAAUUUCCACGACGUCACCACCGAGAACAAGCUGCUGAGGAUCUUCAAGGAUGGAACUGUUCUCUACAGCAUCAGGUUGACGUUAAUUUUGUCCUGUCCAAUGGAUUUGAAAAACUUCCCGAUGGACGUUCAGACGUGCAUAAUGCAGCUGGAGAGCUUCGGCUACACGAUGAACGAUCUGAUCUUUGAGUGGUUGGACACGGGGCCGGUGCAGGUUGCCGAGGGUCUGACGCUGCCUCAGUUCAUCAUCAGGGAGGAAAAGGAGCUGGGCUACUGCACUAAACACUACAACACGGGGAAGUUCACCUGCAUCGAAGUGAAGUUCCAGCUGGAGAGGCAGAUGGGCUACUACCUGAUCCAGAUGUACAUCCCCAGUCUGCUCAUCGUUAUCCUGUCCUGGGUGUCCUUCUGGAUCAACAUGGACGCCGCGCCGGCUCGAGUCGCCCUGGGCAUCACCACCGUGCUCACCAUGACCACACAGAGCUCCGGGUCCAGAGCCUCGCUGCCAAAGGUGUCGUAUGUAAAGGCCAUAGACAUCUGGAUGGCGGUGUGUUUGCUGUUUGUCUUCGCUGCGCUGUUGGAAUACGCCGGAGUGAAUUUUGUCUCGAGACAACAGAAGGAGUUUCUCCGACUCAAACGGAGACAGAGACGAAACAUCAAGGAGGAGGAGCUAAGAGAAGGACGUUUCCAUUUCUCCGGCUAUGGCAUAGCUACGUGCAUGAAGGAUGGCAUAGCGGUGAAAAGUGACGGCGGCGUGCAGCAGACUUCGGUGGAGAACAAUAAGAGGAAGUUUGUGGACCGAGCGAAGAGGAUCGACACUAUUUCGAGAGCAGCGUUUCCUUUGGCCUUUCUCAUUUUUAACAUCUUCUACUGGAUCACGUACAAAAUAAUCAGACAUGAUAACACCGGCAAAGUGUAGCAGCUGAGGGUUAGGGAGACUGCAUUGUAGCAUCACGUUGUCGAGAGAAACAGCGACGGAGGAGCGGCAGGUGCUGAUCGAUUUCAAUCAGGGAUAAACAGCAUGGGCAGGAUUUGUGGACGGGUAGCGAACACUCUGAUUGUGUUCCAGAUACAGGAAAUGAGUUGUGCGUGAGGAAAAGUCCAGCUCAGUCUGCAAGUAAUCGAACAGUGAGGAAAGUCAGCUUUAAUGACAAGGUUUUCACAUCUAUAUUGGGUGAACUCUACAGGAAAUACAGCCAUUUAUAAACAAUCCUCCUAUUUUAGAAGAUCAGAAGUAAAAGGUCACAUGAUCCGACCAAAUGAUGAUGGCUAGCGCUUGUAGCUUUAUUACGACAUAAUUUGAAUCAAAUACAACUAAAUUACUCUAAGACUGGAAUGACCCAGGCAACAUUCCUUGUAUGUCUGUUCUAGUAAAGGGAGGUGUGGCCAUGUGUGUCAGUUACAGUGAAGGAGGUGUGGCCUCUGCAUCUGUCAGCCCCAGUGAAGGAGGCGUAGCCUUUGUGCAUAUGACUCAGUGAAGGAGGUAUGGCUAUUGUCAGUUCCAGUAAAGGAGGUGUGGCCUUUGGGCCUGUCAUCCUUAAAGAAGGAGGUGUGGCCUUGAUAUCCCUACACAACGUAUUGCACUGCAACAAUGAUGCACACGCCCAGUUCCCACUGCAUACAAUUAAUAUAAGGUUUGAGUUCUUACUGGUAGUGGUAGUUUAUUAUUUUUUUUCAGUCUUCAGUUUUCAAACUUGUUUUUUCUUUUCAAUUAAGUUCUGAAAAUCCCAGACAAUUCCACAUUUUGGCCAGCGUAAUCCCACCACAGUUACAGUGAACUCCACUCCGUCUCUCAUCCACAC